GUGUUAGAGAGACAGGGCUAAUCCCUAAAAGGUUUCUUCCUUUUAGAGGUAGUCCCUAGCUGAAAUAUUUCCCCUUUCUUCCUGAGAAGGAAGCCAGACCAACACCCACACCAAGUCCUAUAAAGCACAGAUACACCAGCUGACCAAAGUUCCUUAUCUUCUUGCUGUGAGCUGAAACUGUUUAUAAACUAAAUUUGCUCUUUCACUUUUCUUCUGAACAAGCUGGAUUACUUGGAGGAGGAAGGUGGGAGGAAUAGAGAAGACCGAAGCAAAGCCAGCUGAAACACAGAAACCUUUGGCGUGGAGAGAAAACUUAUGCCCUUGCCUCUAUAUAUCUCCACAUCAUAAAUGGAACCCAAUGGCACCUUCAGCAGUAAUGUCAGCAACAUGGACUGUUCAAUCGAAACCUUCAAAAGGGAUUUUUACCCCAUCGUGUACCUGAUACUAUUUGUCUGGGGAACCUUGGGAAAUGGAUUUUCCAUAUAUGUUUUCCUGCAGCCUUAUAAGAAGUCCACGUCUGUGAAUGUUUUCAUGCUAAACCUGGCCAUUUCAGAUUUUUUGUUCACAAGUACACUGCCCUUCAGAGUUGACUAUUACAUCAGAGGCUCCAAUUGGAUAUUUGGGGACCUGAGCUGCAGGAUUAUGUCUUAUUCUAUGUAUGUCAACAUGUACAGCAGCAUUUAUUUCCUGACUGUGCUGAGCAUUGUGCGUUUUCUGGCAACUGUUCAUCCCUUCCGGUUCCUCCAUGUGGCUAGUAUCAGGAGUGCCUGGAUUCUGUGUGUGGUCAUAUGGGUCCUUAUCAUGGCUUCCUCAGUAGUGCUUCUGAACAAUGGCUCUGAGCAGAACGGCAAUAUCACAUUAUGCUUAGAGUUGAGUAUGAAUAAAAUUGUUAAACUGAAGACGAUGAACUACAUUGCCUUGGUGAUAGGCUUCAUGCUACCAUUCUGCUUGCUCAGCAUCUGUUAUCUGCUAAUCAUUCGAGUCCUGUUAAAGGUAAAGGUCCCAGAAUCUGGGCUGCGGGUUUCUCACAAGAAAGCACUUAUCACCAUCAUCAUUGCCUUGAUCAUCUUCCUUCUGUGUUUCCUGCCUUAUCACAUACUGAGAACCCUCCACCUGGUCAUGUGGAAAGUGGAUACAUGCAAAGACAAUCUUCAUAAAGCUGUGGUCAUCACACUGACCUUGGCAGCAGCCAAUAGCUGCCUCAAUCCUUUGCUCUAUUAUUUUGCUGGGGAAAAUUUUAAGGACAGACUAAGGUCUGCACUCAGAAAAGAUCACCCAUGGAAGACAAAGUGCAGCAUUCCUGUCUGCAUGUGGUUGAAAGAGGAAACACAAGUUUAAGGGGUUAUUAAAUGAGGCCUGUUCUUGUAUACUUGUGUCCACCUUCAUUCACCCAUAGUCCCAGUCACAUGACCAUGUAUUUACAUUAUUUCCAACAAAGAUCAAUUCCUAACAUUUAAUUGACCAUGACUUCUGUUAAUAAGUCCUACUUCAAACAUUUUAUUAGGUGUGUUUUCAGUGGUUGAGUCUAAAUGAGAAUGUAGCAGACAAAAUCUCUACUAGUCUUGCAACCUAAAAUGUUAGACUGGGAAAAAAUGCUGAGCACACUGGGUGCUUAUUUUCUUCAGAUUCUGUACCAGAUCUCUGUUCUACCAGCCAUUCUAAAUUAACUUUAAGACAACUUCAACUUCCCCAGCUUCUCCAGCUCCUCUUCCAUCUUCAGUCCCCUAAGAUAUAGCCAGGUUCCAGAGCGAAAGGAGGUUCCAGAGCAGAUAAGAAAAGUAUCCUAAGGAAUCAGUGAAAAGACUUUGUGAAGAAGGCUGCCCUUUAACAAGGCAGUCAGGGUCCCAAAAAAGAAAGGUGAGAGAAAAAGGGAGAGAAGGACUAGGGCAAGAAAGAGCUGGUUAGAAGUAGGGAGAAAGACAAAUCUUAUUUUGCACUGGGAGAGAGGCUCUAGCACACUGAAGGCAAGAAGGUUCUCUUUGUCUCUCUCGCCAGGGGACUAGAAAGGAUAAGAAGACUAGGAGGAGGAACUGGGCCAUUACCCUAGGGGGUGGAGGGAUUAUGUGUGAAAUAGCAGAAUAGAGGGGGUCAAUAUUACUCUUAGGAUUUGGGUUUGGACUGCACUACAGUUCUCAGUCCUGCUCAUUAAUCCAUUUGCAUGGGAGCCAGAAUGGAGGAGGUUGCUUUAAGGGUUUGGUUGGGCACUGAGAGAGUGGGGUAGAGGGUAAGUUGUAAAGGUGGUUGUACCCUGAAAUUCUAUUAAUAUCUUGGCAGAACAUGCGUAGGGUGGCUUUCCUUUUGAGGGAGUAUAGAAAAGAACUGGAUAGUGGGAAGGGGUCCUUUCUGUCCACUGAAAAAAGCUAGGGAGACUACCAACUACUACCUCCCUGAACAUUGUACCACCAACAAUUGAAUGCCCUCUCCACGCUGGGCAGACUUGUGCCAGGCACUUGACAUUCAGGAACCCCGUUUAACCCUCACACUAAAGCCAUUCACUCUAUGAAUGAAGAAACGGAAGCUCAGAGAAAUUAAGAAACUUGUUCAAGUUCUCACAGCUUGUAAGAGUUUAAAAAAUCUCCAUGCAGAAGGGUUGGCCAGGUGCUUACUUUACCGCUCUUCCUACAAAUCUUCAGGCAAAUUGGUUGAAAAUCUGAAUAAGAGUUCCCUCCCCCCACCAGGCACCUACCCCUCCUCACUGUCAUGAGAUUUUCUCUUUAGAGUUGUUGAUCCCAGGAAGAGUAGAGUGUGGGAGGGAGGUAGUGUUCUAAAGUCAGGGAAGAAGUGAAUGUUUUCAUUGUAAACAAGAGUCCCAGAACCCUUCUCUUACUCCUCUGUCUGGAUGCUGACAGAAUAUCCUGUCAAAACAAUAGACUGGAGAAUUCACCUAUGGGGAAAUGCAAGAAAAAGACUAACAGAUACAGACUGUUGAGGAUUCCCCAACAUAAAAGCCAGCAUCUGCCUUAUUACCUGACAGGGAAGCCCACACUGUAACUAAUCUAUUCAGAGAGCAUCUAGUCAACCUGUUAGAGCCCCAUUAUUAAUUAUGAAUAGUCAAUGACCACUACACAUGGGCAGGGGGGAAAGGUCCAAACAUAAAA